CGUUUUCCCAUCGACUCCCAUGCUCAGUUAGUCAGUUUCCAUUCGUCGUUCGUCAGCCAGCAGCCGCAGCUGCGCCAGGACGUCGCCGUCGACCACCUCCGUCUCUCUCUCUUUCCGCCGGUGUGCUGGGGUCAGCCGACGGGUUGCAGCGGCGAAUCCCCCCUCCUCCAACCCGAGUUUGAUUCCUUCAAUUUGAGCCCGACUUGUCCUCAUAACUGGGCUUAUUGUUUAUCUCUUGUCCCGUCCAAAUGACUAUGAGACGGAGCGCGCCGUCGCCACUCCUCCGCCAAUCCGGCAUCGCCUACUAUUGCAUUGGGAUCGUUUGGUGAUAGAAUUUAGACUGAAAUCUUUCCAAAAUGUACUCAAGAAAACUGUAUCCCUCCAAUCUUUGAAAGUUCUUGGUGUUGGCCAACACCCACAUCAUGUCUUCUCCGGGGAUCUGUGUUAACCCUCUGGCUUUCCGAUGAAGCACAGUAUUCUUGAGAUUAUUCCUUUUCUAUCAGUUUAGAUGUGCAAUGAGAAUUCUGGAUCUUUCCAGGCAUUCCUUUAUUUUAAACAUCACAUUGGUGGUACUACUUUUCAGCAGAGUUUCAUGUCUCUAUAAGGUGGUUACUCCUCAUGAAAAAUACAUUUCACAGUCAUACUUUGAGAAGCAUAAUACCUUGACAGAUUCAGCAUUUGAACAUUUUGUUGCCCAUGAAGUUGUCUACGGAUCAUGUGAAUUGGCGAAAGAGGGUGAAGUUGGGUUGAAGAUUGUGUCUUUAGAUCAGAAACUGAUUGGUGAAGGUUCACAUCGUCGGUUAUUGCUGUCAAUCAGAUUGAAGAUUUUGCUCGAGUGCAACUCCAAAUAUCAAUGCGAAGCUAUAAUCAUUGAGAGAUUACCAUCUGGACUCUUUGGGGAUUCAUUUGAACUGGAACGUUUGGUGCAACCGUUUAAGGAAGCAGGUGUAUUUGGAGACACAAAUUUAGAGUUGCCUUCUUUUCGCUCCAAUCGGUCACUAAUUGAGGUUCACUUUGAUAUGGGCUCUAAGUUAUUAUCAAUGCACGAGGGUGAAAUAGAAUUCAAAGUUGAGCUUCCACUGCAUGCCCGUUAUCAGCCACUAGGGCACGGCUUUUCAAGAGUUAUGUUUAGCCCUCCGGAUUUAUUCGUGCGGUAUAGCACUGAAAGAAAAGUGGGGGAGAAAUGUUUGUUUCCAUUAGACUACCACACUGCUGAACCUGAAGAAGUUGAUCUUGUGUGGGAAAUACCUUGUGGAGACAAAGAUCAUACAGAAAUUAUAUCAGCUAUUACUUUCAUAUCUGCUAUUCUAUCAGCUCUUCUAAUUAUAUAUGUAUCUGUAUACUAUUUCUCUUAGUAAUACUUGUCUUGACUCUUGAUCUUAAGUGGUGCUGACAAGGGUUAGGCUAUAUUUGUUCUCGGUAAUUUGCAUCCAAAUUUAAUGACUUUAUGUAGUAAGUUUGUUACUGAUGAAUGGAGAAAACUUCCUUAUAUUUUCAGGAUAAAAUAGUGGUUUUUCU